AUGUUGCAAUGGGAGAUAAUAAGUUAUUUUAAGAAUGAUCGAUUGUAAAAUUUUGAUGAAAUAAUUGUACAAAUCGAGGGUGUGUAUGAUAAAAUUGUGAAAAAUUCAAAUGAAUGGAAAUACCAUUAUCUUUGGGUGUAAAUGGUUGGCUAAAUCAUAUAAUAUAAUCCUUUUUUAACAAAACACAAAUUAUCUCAAUAAAUAAGUGAGCUCAAUAUUGAAGGAAGGUCAGAUUAAAUUUGGAAGGAAUUUUAGAAAAAAGGAUUACUAAUUUUAAUGAAUCAUACUAAUGGCUAAGCUGUCAUCUAACUUGAAAAACUUCAUAAUAAAUAAUUAAGUUAAAUUGAUAGAACAAUCUUAGAAACCGUUUUCAAAGAAUCGGAAAUCUUCUUAUUACUUAAAGAUUUUCUCAUAAAUGAACAAUUUCAAAAUAUUCCUUUUUCAUUUGGAUCAUAUUUAAACAGCAAAUUUGAAAAUUUUGAAGGAAAAAUUCUCUAAAAUAAUGAAAAUAUUUUGACUAUUUAAAAUAUUAAAAGGUUUUUGUGUUUUUUGAUUCCCUCUAAACUGCUCACCCUAAUUUAAUAAAAUGAUGAGAAUUUGGAUGAAGUAAUCAAAAUUUGUAAAAAUUUUAUGGUGGAUAAGAAAGGUAAUGAGACUACAAUAUGUAAAAUUUCAUAAUAAUAAAUAAAAAGAAUUAUACAAAGGUUAGAAGACUAUUUCUAAAACAUUUAUGAUAUUAUAAAACUUAUGAGCCUUAAUUAGAACUAUGAGAAAGAGAUGUGUUUUGAUAAUAAGGAUUUUGAGGAACUUAAUAAUCUGUUGAGACUAUAGGAAAGAUUUUAAUUAUUUAUAAUUUUAGAUGAAAGAAUUCAAGCAAAAGGCAAAAAUGGUUUUGAUCACAAUCAUGUAAUUUAGGAUUGGAUUCAAUUAAUUUUGGAAGAAUUGAAAAAAGAAUUGAAUUUUUCUUUUCAUAACAAACCAACAAUAUACCAAGAGAAAAAACAAAAUUCGUGA